AUGCCGGCCUUGAGGUCGCGGAGCAAGCGCUUUGCAAAGCGGACACCAAGAGAGUUUUGCUCAGGACACUUGACAAUCGCCAAUCCGGAGUCAUCCAGUGGGCCUGAAGGAAUCACGAAAUUGGUGCAACAUGAGCAUACAAAGGCUGCGGGUUCUUCAUCCGCCGCUAAUACUACACCCGCGGAGAUUCUAUUGCAAAUAUACUCUCUGUUGACACCACGGGACUUUGACAAUGCGCGACGAACUUGCUCGCAAUGGAUGAGAGUCAGUUUGAAUAAAGAACUGCUGGGAUCUAUGUUAAAGCGAGCCGGUUGGUGGGAUGCAUGGCAGGAAGAUAGUACGACGCAACGGAUCUAUCGCAAUCCAUCCAGCUAUGAGAGCGAAGUGUGGCGGAUGAGCAAGCGCUUUGCGACAGAGUGCUUACUAUCCGGGCAAAGGACAAAGUUUGAGAAGCCGGGUUUUGUGGCAACGGGGUCUGUUGAUUUCUCUCAUCUUGCAAGAAGCUUGCCAAGGAUGAAGACUCGUGGAGCGACAGCAUUCGAGGAUCGAAAUUCACAUACUACCCCAACGUUUAGUGUUAGCAGCUGCGGCAAGUAUCUUUUGGCCACAGCUGGCUGCGUGGUAUAUGUGUUCCGUCUCGUCUACAGGAGAUCCAGAUCUAUGUCUUCGGCAGAGCUGGCAGAUUCCAAUGUGGUACCAAUAACCAGCAUCUCCUGUCCAUUUGAAGUUCUCUCGGCCACAAUUGAUACAGCUACGUCGCCGUUUGUGAUCGCCGCAUUAUUACAAAAUCGGGCUGGUAUGGUUUGUGACUUGGACGUAUCAAAUAUCAAUCAUGAUGUUGCAGCCACUGCUGGCUCAGUGGACGAGGCAUCAGAAUCCUUGUCAUCCAAACCAUCUAAACACAAUUUAAACUCGAUGCCAACAACCACCCAUUCAACCCCGCAUUAUUUCUACAACGUUUGCUCCGAAGAUCACCCGCCAAGAACAAUAGCCCUAUGUCCAGGCCGUCGAUGCAUUGCAUUCGGCUGCGCAGGAGGCAUCGAAAUCCAUUGGGUAGACGAAACAAAUACUGACCAACGCCGACAUUUCCCCAUGUCCCAACCAUCCGAAAUCCUCCACUUCCUCCCAAACUCACCAAAAGUCCCAACAGAAAUGCGCCUCAUCUCCUCACUCGCCGGGCCAGGCGUCCACGAGUGUGCAUGUCGCCAAUCCCCCUUCCCAGACCAUACCAAGAAAUGUCAAUUCAAUUUCCUCGAUGCAAGAUCACGCAAUCCACCCAACAAUCCAUCCCUCAGUCUGGUCCGUGCAAUACAUUGUCAUCAUUACCGUGCUAUGCCCAUAAACGAUGGAUACCAUAUCAUAUUCAUAGAACCCCGCACUGGCCUCUUAUGCAUCGGAUCCGACGCCCCCAUCGGUGGCCCAACAAGUUUAACCCGUGCUUUCGUCUGCGUCCCUCCGAAUCGCAAAGGAACUACGACUAGACAGCCAGAAACUCGUGUCCCGACCGCAUUCGCUGUAGCCUCAGAUCUACGUUGGGGCCUGCGCGUCAUAGCUGCAUACCAAGACCGUAUAAUCCUCUACUCAAUCCCGCUUGAUGUCCUCAAUAUAGUUCGCAGAGAACGCGAACGCCAGUCAGAUGGUGAAAUGGGUGAUGAUCCAGCACGGGACUGGGGAGAUUCAGAAGAAUUCCGCCGCCGUGAGAAUCUUUUCCAAAAUGCUAACGGGGACUGGGAGUUCCUACUUAGCGCACGAUAUAAACCCGCUUCGAUGGUUUGGCCGUUUAAAGUUUACGGCAAGGAAAUCGGUCACAUGGAUAAUAUAGUCGAACUCGCUCUCCAAUCUUCGAACGGUGGCGCUCGUAUCUGGGCGUUUGGGUCAUCUGGUUCUGCUCGGAUAUUUGAUAUCGAUACGUUCACGUCUCCAUCUCAAACUACACCCCCGAUGAAGCUGGUCACUCUUGGCUCGGAUGGGAGUAUCAUCUCUGCUACUAUAUCCGAGCGGGGACUCGGCUCCGAACCCGUAUCCGUGACUGGGGCGGAACCCGAGUCCGGCUCCCGGAAGCGCAAAGCGUCGGCGCUGAAAGAUGGUUUUGUGGGGCGAUAUGGGACUAGUCGAUAUGUGUCUUGUAGGACAUUAGAUGGGCUUCGACCUGUUAAUGCUCUACAGAUUCAGGAGGAGGAUACAUCUGUGCGGAGGCCGUCGUUUGCGGCUUGUAUUGUUGAUUUUAAGAUCCCUGAGCUUGGGAUGAGAGGUGGGGGGUGGAAGAGGAGUACGUCGGAUCGACCUUGA